AUGUCUCCCAGAAAGCAUGAUCGUCAAUAUGACGUGGUUGUCUUCGGCGCCACAGGUUACACCGGCCUCAUGACCGCUGAGCACAUUGCAGCUCGGUUUCCAACCGAUACCAAGUGGGCCGUUGCAGGUCGAUCUGCCGACAAGCUCCAGAAGGUAGUCUCGGAAUGCAAGGCCUUGAACCCAGAUAGGAUACAGCCAGAAAUCCAAGUCUGCAACCUCGAUGAUGCCGACCUGCUCGCCCUGGCCAAGAAGACGUGCGUGCUCAUCACCACCGUGGGGCCCUAUGCCCAAUACGGCGAACAUGCCUUCAAGGCCUGCGCCCAGGCUGGAACGCAUUAUGUCGACUGCACUGGAGAAAGUGUAUGGACGCUCGAGAUGAUCAACAAAUACGAGUCAACGGCACGGGAGACCGGUGCUGUACUGCUCCCGCAGAGCGGUAUCGAGUCAGCUCCAUCCGACCUGUUGACAUGGUCUAUGGCGCAGCUCAUCCAGACCGAGCUCUCCGCUCAAACCGCUGAUGCUAUCGUGGAAGUGCACGAGCUCAACGCUAAGCCCUCCGGCGGCACUCUGGCGACGGUGCUCGGACUCGCCGAAUCCUACAGCAUCAAGGAUAUAGCAGCUUCUCAUAAGCCAUACGCUCUAUCUCCAGUCCCCAACCCACACCCGACUCCCGCUGCCUCGCUGUUCUCCAAACUGACGGGUCUUUAUUCGGUAAGCAACCUGGGGCUGCUUCACACCUCCAUCACGGCAGGCACGAACACGUCCAUCGUGCAGCGGACCUGGGGUCUGCUCAAGCAGGAGGAUUCGCGACAGAAGCAGUUCUACGGACCCAAGUUCAGCUACCGCGAGUUCAUGAAGGCCCGCAAUUUCUUGACGGGAAUCGCCAUGCACUACGCCCUCAUUGUUGGUGGGGCAUUGCUGCUGUUCGUGCCCCCGUUCCGGGCCCUCAUGAGGAGGCUUGUCUUCCAGCCCGGCCAGGGCCCGAGCAAGGAAGAUGCUGCAAAGGAAUACAUCGAGUUCCGGGGAGUGGCCAACCCGGACGUGGCAGACAGCAAAAAGCAAGCCUUCGUCAAAGCCUGGUACUCCGGGUCUAUGUACUACCUGACGGCAACGCUGCUGGCCCAAGCAGCUGCUACAUUGCUGGAAGAGGAUGUGGGUUUGAAAGGAGGUGUAUAUACACCGGCAUGCCUGGGUCAAGGGUAUAUCGACCGCCUGAAUGAGAAUGGAUUCAAGGUGGAGACCAAGAUUCUUAACGUGUAG